CUUGUCUUAAACAAAGUAAAGAAGACAAGGACCAAACCAAAUCAUCAGAAAAUUUAGGUGUACAUAGCAACCAUUUCUCUGUUUUUCACAACACUCACAAAAUUUCUGUCCUUUUUUUCAUUUCCACUUUGUUUCUUUCUCCCAACCCUGUUCCAUUAAUUUCUACAACUAUUUGUACAUAGCCACUCCAAACUCUUCUUCCUUCUUCCACCAUAUCAAUAUUCAUGGCCACCACACCUUAUCCACAACCACCUUCACGUGCCUUUCUAGACACAAUACAAGAAAUCACACAAAUCUAUUCUUCACUUCCACCUAGACCUUCUAUAGAAGAAAUAGAAGCUGCAACGUCAACGCUUGACACUCUUAACAACGUGGAACAAACGAAACUCCAAGAAAUUGCAGUACAAGAAAAACCACAAGAUGUUCCUGAAGAUCUUUUCUAUGUUCUCCAACAACUCAAGAACACUAUGGUUCUUUUUCAAAGUCAUCAACAGAGAAAAGAAGCUCUUCACCUUCUUCAACUUGAUAAGAUGUUUCAAACCUUUGGUGAUCUUAUUCAAAGAGCUUCUGAAUUGGUUUCUCCUGAUGAAGAUAGGAAGAUAAAGAAACUUCCCACUUUAUAUGAAGAUGUGGUUAACUAUGAAAAGGAGGAAGAGGAAGAGCCACAAAAGAGUCAAGAUUUUGAAGGUGAAAAGGGUUCCUUAGUGCAUAAACCGUUUUUGUUAACAGGAGAUGGAAGCAUUGAGAAAUUGAGUCUUAUGAAAGUGGCAACUGUAAUUGAAAAUUGUGCUAAUAAUAAGGACACAGUCCUUGAGCUUAGAGGGAAAUUAGUGGAUCAAAUGGAAUGGUUACCACUAUCAAUUGGAAAAUUAUCUGAUGUUACUCAAAUAGACUUAUCUGAAAACAGAAUCAUGGCUCUUCCAACAACAAUUGUAGGUCUAAAGGCUUUAACAAAGCUUGAUCUUCAUUCAAACCAACUCAUAAACCUUCCAAACUCAUUUGGUGAAUUGAUAAACCUUAUAGAACUUGACCUACAUGCCAAUAAAUUAAAAUCACUUCCUGAUACUUUUGGAAAGUUGACAAAUCUCAUUGAUCUUGAUUUGAGUACAAAUGAUUUCACACAUUUGCAUGAGUCAAUUGGGAGUUUAAUCAGCUUAAAGAGAUUAAACGUUGAGACGAAUAAGCUUGAGGAACUACCUUUCACAAUUGGAAAUUGCACUUCACUAACUGUGAUGAAGCUAGAUUUCAAUGAACUCAAGGCACUUCCUGAGGCAAUUGGGAAGCUUGAGUGUUUGGAGAUUCUCACUGUUCACUAUAAUAGAAUCAAGAUGUUGCCUACAACAAUUGGAAAUCUAAGUAAUUUGAAGGAACUUGAUGUUAGUUUUAACGAACUUGAAUUCGUACCAGAGAAUUUCUGUUUCGCGGUUAGCUUGAAGAAACUAAACUUAGGAAAGAAUUUUGCUGACUUAAGAGCAUUGCCAAGAUCAAUUGGAAAUCUUGAAAUGCUUGAGGAGUUGGAUAUAAGUGGUGAUCAAAUAAAAGCUUUGCCCGAUUCUUUUAGGUUUUUGUCUAAGUUGAGAGUUUUUCGGGCUGAUGAGACUCCUCUUGAGGUACCACCAAAAGAAGUUGUCAAGUUGGGUGCUCAGGAAGUUGUGCAGUAUAUGGCUGAUUAUGUCUACAAGAGGGAUGCAAAACUCUUGCCAUUAAAGAAGAAAAGGAAGGGAUUUUGGUCAUGGUUUUGUUCCAUAUUUUGUCCUCAGCAGGAAUGAUGUUCAAACAAAACCAUGUUGUUGGUUCAUGUUUUCUCAAAUUAUAUUUCAUCUAUUGCAUAUGUUUGGAACACAUUGUUGUUUCUUGUAAACUGUUUUCUCAAGACAUGUUUUGGGUUUGCCUUGUAAAUAAGUGAUUUUAACAUUUGAUUUUGAUUUUCUGUUA